UUAUUGUUCCCGCGGAGGCACUCUAAGCGUGACGCCUGGCGCCGGGAGACGGAGGCGUGCAUGUGGGCUGCCGUUGCCGUUGCCGGAGCGACACCAACCCGAUGGGAUGGCUGAUUUCCAAGAGAAUAUGCGAGCUGCAGAGACCUAUCAUCCUGGGUGCCCACCAGGCCUCUUCGGUGGAUCACGAUUGCAUCCUGGGAUCGAGGCGUCUUUGACGUCUUCCUAUGAUCAGUACGAUAUGUGGCAAGACAUCGAGACGGUGAUCCUGGGCGUGGGCGUGGGCGCGCCGCUGGCCGACUGCUACGCGCCUGCGGGAGCGGCGGAGGCGGGCCGCGACCAGCAGGUGCCGGUGGUGUCCCCGGGCGCGCUCUACGCCAGCCCGUCGCCCACCGACGACGACGCCGCCAAGCCGGACACCGCUUCUUUCUACUUCCCGCCUGCCGCCCCCGCGUCCGGCAAGGUGAAGCUGGAGGCGGCUCACCACCAUCACCACCACCACCACCACCACCAGGAGGCCGCGACCGCGUACCACCGGCCCGUGGCCGCCUUCCCCUACUCGACGCCGACGUCCUCGUCGUCGGGGACGGGCCCCGGGCAGCACUUCCCGCAGCCGGCGGCCUAUCCGGGCCAGUACGGUGCGCCCGCCCCCACAGCAGCCUCCGCGGCCGUGCCCUCGGGCCACGUGCCCUUCGGCCAGAUUUCGCCUCCCGCUACGCCGGAGAACUGCCCCGGCUUCUACCUGCACCACCACCACGCGCCAGCCGCCGGCUACGGUGACGUGUAUCACCACGGCCGGCACCCUCACCCGCACCCACACUUCAAGAUCCUGACGCCGCCGUCAUCGCCGCACCUGCCCUUCCUGGGCCGGCAGCCCCUGGCGCCGCCCCCGCCGCCCCCGCCGCCGGUCCAGCCGCCCGCGCCGACCGCACCCGGCAGCGCCGUUCCCAAGCCGCGGCGCCGACGCAACUGGAGCCGGCGCAAGGUGAUCGUGCACACGUGCUCGCACCCGGGUUGCGGCAAGACGUACACCAAGUCAUCGCACCUGAAGGCGCACCUGCGCACGCACACGGGUGAGAAGCCGUACCAGUGCGGCUGGAAGGGCUGCGGCUGGAAGUUCGCGCGCUCCGACGAGCUAACGCGCCACUACCGCAAGCACACGGGCGACCGGCCCUUCCAGUGCCGCCUGUGCGAGCGCGCCUUCUCGCGCUCCGACCACCUGUCGCUGCACAUGAAGAGGCAUAUGACCAUGUAGUCGCCGCCGCCGCUCUCGUCGUUAGUGACAAACUAGUCAGCAAGGCCAGAAUUUCUUUCAUAUAAAUACUGUACAUAUCUGCACUACAAAUUGAAGUACCCGGACGGUCGAGUCAAAUAGAAAAGUCGAACACGUGUCGUAAAUACCUAAAAACACGACAUGCCCUGUUGUUUUCAUAAUAAAGCUGAAAACCUAAGGCGAUCGUUAUUUUUUCGAAAAAGAAUCGUAUUAGGUCCACUGUGCUGUACACAAUGUUUGCGAGGUAAGAAACGUGAAACUGGUUUCUGUUUGAAAGAGUGAUGUUGCUUAGUCAUAAGUGACUGGACUCGUAUUUGGUGGGACAUCGGGUCGAGUCCUCAUCUGGCCAUUCUGAUUUAGAUUUCCCGUGGUUCUCUUAAAUCGCUCAAAGCAAAUGCUACGAUGAUUCCUUUGAAAAGAACAAGAUGGUUUCCUUUCUCAUUUUUCCCCUAUCCUCCUUCCUGUGUUCCGUCUCAAAUGAACCCAUCGUUGACAGUAAUAUAAACUAGAAUCUUUCUUCCUUCCUUCGUCUCGUACUAACUGCUUAUAUGAACUAUUUGUAAAACAUUCUAGUAAAGUAAAAGCAAGCCCAGUUCCAGAACAUUUUUCCACUCAAGCGGCCUGUGAUAACCCAUCCUUCCUCUCCCCUUUGUAAGUCGUUCAUUUCUACUCGUUUUAGGUGUCGUUAUUAAAUGUGAUACCCAUCGUAUACAGAUCUUACAAUUGGGCGUCACUCUCAUCUUGGCGCUCCAAGCGGCCUCUUGUGCUGCCCGGGCCCUAAACUGGAUCUGAGUACAAUGGUCAAUUUCCAGAAGUGCUGGUUUCCAAGAAUUCCUUUAUACUUGAAAGUAAAAAUUAUCCUGAGCCAUGCCUCGAGCAAAAUUAAGAAAAAUGGCAAUUUUCGGGACUUCUGACGUCUAACCUCGGCACAGGCACUCAGCGGCCAGUCGGCAUCGUGCAUUCCUCUGGAACUGACAGCGGAGUUAGGUUCCUCUUUUUUAUUUCACCCAGUAAUGCUACAUGUUAUUUGGAAGUUUAGUUAAAUAAAUAAGACGCUUUUCUAAGCACCAUCAGCUUAUUAGUUUACUCUUGCCAGUGGAAACAAAAGGUAGCGAGGGAGAGACGGAAACUUUUCAGCACAGAAGACAUUAUUUAAUUUAAUAAAUACAGCGAAUUUCCAUUUGACUCGGCUUCCAUAUUCGUGAAUAGUGUUCGGAUGACGUCCAUACGCCAGAAGUGCAUGAUCGAUUACCUAGACUGUAAGAGUUGGUAUCAGACUGCUAUUAGGACACAUCCUCUGGUGUACAGAACGUGUAUUCUUGCUUAAGAUAUUUAUAUUGAGACACAUACUAAGGUAAUAAAAUGUACACGACUGUGUCCGUUACCAAACCGACAUAACAGUUGUUUGUAAAAUAGUCGCUAGUUGUUAUUGAAAUAUGUCAUCAGUGAAAUUUUACGAUUUUUUUCUUCAUAAGGACGUCAAUCGCUAUCUUGUAAGUGCCAUUUUAUUCAUGUGUUAAGUAUAAUGUAAAUACAUGUAAAGAAGUUACAUUUUCAUGGAGUUGUUUGCAAUGCAUGUU